CUUUGGUCUGGAACAAUUAUUUUUCUUCUGGACGAUGACCUCAACGCGAGCCAGGGAAAAAGCUUAAUCUCCCAGUGCUUACAUAAUCCAGUGUCCUCGAUUCUUCCACAACCAUGUAAGAGAACCACGACUGAAACUCCAAAUAGGACAGGACGAUAGUGAGUAUGAUUUUGGACAGAAGGGACGAUUACCAACACUUUAUCCGAUUGAUGCAAGGAUUCUUGGAGUUGCUAGGCUGGUCUACUGUUUGCAUGCCGCUUGUUGUCCCGACGUUGAAUCCAAGCCACACCACACUCCACGCGAAGGAUGGCGAAUCAAGCAGAUGAAUCAGACCAGGCUUGCAUACAGGAGGUAAAACAGAUAUGAGUACAUACAGAUCCGUGCAAAAUGCCUUGAGGGUAACUCGAAAUCAGGGACAGGGGGCCCCUCUCAGCAGGUAAUUUCAAGGAGAAAGGCCGCGUUAACAAUUGUGCGGAAAUGCAUUGGGGGGUGAUUGUGGUUGCAUAUAUCGAUUGAGCACAAUGAUUGUGUACAAAAGGUCUAUGUUUAGAUCUGUCCAUCAAGGUGAGGAUGAGCGGAGUAGGUGUGCUCUGCGACGAACCUCAAGCCUCAAUCUUCG